AUGGUGAGAGGUCCUUGUGUUGACAAAAAUGGAUUGAAGAAAGGGGCAUGGAGUGAGGAAGAAGACGAUAAACUGAGAGCUUAUGUUCUCAGAUAUGGCCAUUGGAACUGGCGCCAACUCCCUAGAUUCGCAGGUCUAUCAAGAUGCGGGAAGAGUUGCAGAUUGAGAUGGUUGAAUUACCUUAAACCUGGAGUAAGAAGAGGAAGAUUUAGCCAAGAAGAAGAUGAGAUGAUUCUCGAAUUGCACAAAGAAUUGGGGAACAAAUGGUCGGCCAUUGCUGCAAAGUUGUCGGGAAGAUCGGAUAACGAGAUAAAGAACCACUGGCACACUAACCUCAAGAAACGCCUAGGCCUAGCCCUGCACAACAAACGAGAUCCUGAGCCAUCAGAUGCAGAUCAGCUUGAUCUUCAGCCAUCAAAGAACUCUCAAGAACCCCAAGCCACUCAAGAUCAGAAGCACCAAAUUAACACUGCAAUUAUUUGCGAUGCAGUACAGGCAGAAAUCUCUUCUCAUUCCCAGGAAACUUCUUGCAGUACUACUGAAGGGUCAUCAACCUUCACUUCAUCACAAUCAUUUGAAGAACCCUUGGAGAGCUUCUGGAAUGAGUUGCUAUUCUCGGACCCUAUAUAUGGUGGUAAUGGUAAUAGCUAUUAUUCAUCAUCGGAAUCUGAAGAAGGAUUAAUCAUGUCUUCUAACAGUUCAACUGUCGAGGAAGACUUUACACUCCCAUACAGCUUAUUCUGUGAUGAUAUUAAUUUCUUGAGCAAUUUUAUGCAAUAA